CGCCGACUUGUCGGACAAGUAACGGCGAUGGAGGAAUAGAGAAUCUCGCAAAGUUUCUAGAUUUUUCUUCCCACGUAAGGGGAACGCUACGCGAACCUGACGCGAUUCCGGCCGGCGAUUAUUUUGUUCGUGGGAGGAGGAGGAGGAGAAGGAGAGAUUGGUGAUUUGUGAUGGUAGGUUCGUCGAGAAAUGGCGUGCCUUCUUGGAUUGGUAUGGCAACCGCCACAAGAAAAGUGGAUAUUGAUAAAAACGUAGCAAAGGAGGACGAUAAGGGAUCAAUGAAUUCCAAGGUUUCUGAUAUAGACUUGAGCUUUGGGGAGAGGGCGUUGUCUGCUGCCGGCGCCGCCUUCAUUUCCGCCAUUGUCGUCAACCCCCUCGAUGUAGCCAAGACAAGGUUGCAAGCUCAGGCCGCUGGGGUUCCUUAUGACGGUUUGUGUGAGGCAUCAUGCUCUGAAGCAAGCACGAUUCUGCAAGGCAAGAAUCCUAUAGGAAACCAGUCAAUUUGCUCUCCAGAUUGCACUCGAUACCGAGGAACUCUUGAUGUGUUAUCUAAAGUGAUAAGGCAGGAAGGAUUCUCAAGGUUGUGGAGAGGAACUAACGCUAGUUUGGCGUUGGCAAUCCCCUCUGUGGGAAUCUACAUGCCGCUUUAUGACAUUUUCCGAAACCACAUGGAAGAGCUUACCUUACAGAAUGCUCCAAGUUUGACACCGUAUGUUCCCCUGGUUGCGGGAGCUGGCGCACGGUCAGUAGCGUGCAUAACUUGUUAUCCCGUUGAACUUGCAAGAACACGAAUGCAGGCGUUCCAACACAGCCAUACCGAUAUAAGGCCUCCUGGUGUUUGGAAAACAUUGAUUGGAGUGCUAUCUCCCGUCAAGGCUGCUAAUAACCACCAAGCUUUUCAAAAUUACCGCAUGUUAUGGACUGGUCUUGGAGCGCAACUUUCCCGUGAUGUUCCUUUUUCUGCUGUGUGCUGGUCAUCUCUAGAGCCACUUCGAAGAAAAAUUUUGAGCAGGAUGGGUGAUGAAGCCAGUGCAUUGAGUAUUCUCGGCGCAAACUUCUGUGCUGGUUUUGUUGCAGGAGGCAUUGCAGCAGGUAUCACCUGUCCAUUAGACGUUGCCAGAACCAGGCGACAAAUAGAGAAAGAUCCCAGACGAGUAUUGAGCAUGACAACAAGAAAAACUCUGAUUGAAAUCUGGAGAGAUGGAGGAAUCAGAGGACUAUUUGCAGGUGCUGGCGCUCGGGUUGCUCGGACAGGGCCAUCGGUAGGGAUUGUGGUUUCGUUCUAUGAAGUAGUCAAGCAUGUGUUGCAUUAUAGGCAGUCGGGGAGAGGGGCCGUAGGAAUGAAUGAAUGACCGGAGGGAACGAGACUCGACACUAUUCUUGUUAUAGGGGGACUUGAAUAUUGCUUUGUUACACGUCAAGAAAUAAGGCAGUGGCUAGACUUUCCCAUACAAAAUUGAAUGGGAGGUGAAGUAAAGUAGCAGUGCAAUGAAUGGAGAAUAUAUACAUGUGUUUGAGCUGCUGCAGCAACGAUGCUAUCUUCUUUUUCUUUUUCUUCUUCCUCCCUCCUCAAAUAGAAAUGUAAUUUGGGAAAUUGUAUGGUCUCCAUGCAUCAAAGAAUGGAUCAUUGUAGAAAAACUCGCAUCGGCCUAUAACAUGUGUAGUUGAUUUACUUUUACAUUUGAAAUAAAUAGAUAUCAAUAA